AUGGGCUCCAUUGAAGACGAAUAUGAGCCAUUAGAAGUGAUUGGAAAAGGAUCGUUUGGUACGGUCCGCAAAGUCCGCCAGAAAGAUAAUGGAAACAUACUUGUUAGGAAAGAAAUAGAGUACACGUCCAUGAAUAAUCAAGAAAAGAACCACAUCAUUUCGGAAUUGCGAAUCCUUCGAGAACUUGAUCAUCCGAACAUCGUGAGGUAUCUCCGACAUGAUCACUUACCAGGGAAAAAGGCCAUUCAUAUUUACCAAGAGUACUGUGACGGAGGCGAUUUGGGGAAGGUCAUCCAAACAUUCAAGAAAAACAAAGAGUCAGUACCCGAAGAGUUUAUAUGGGAAGUGAUGGUUCAAAUGUUACUUGCCCUCCACCGAUGUCAUUACGGAAUCAACGCUAAAAAGGUGAAUUUAUUCACUGGCAGACCGACAGGACCCGAACCAAAAGUGAAUUCAGAAACAGUCAUCAUCCACAGAGAUAUCAAACCAGAUAACAUUUUCCUCCUAGACUCUGGGAAAACCGCCAAAUUGGGGGACUUUGGUCUAGCCAAAAUGUUGACGUCCCAAAAUGAAUUCGCAAAGACAUACGUGGGAACCCCUUAUUACAUGUCCCCAGAAGUUUUGAUGGACAACCCAUAUUCUCCUGUUUGUGACAUAUGGUCUCUUGGAUGUGUCUUAUACGAACUAUGCACUUUACAUCCGCCGUUCCAAGCAUCUACUCAUUUACAACUCCAGGCGAGGAUAAAAACCGGUGAGAUCCCUGAAAUUUCAAGCGCAUACUCGCAACAGCUUCGGAGCAUAAUUUAUGACAGUAUAACUGUCGAUCCCGCAGACAGACCAAGCUGCUACGACUUGCUUGAAAACCUUUCGAUCAAAAUGUUCAGAAAGGAGAUGGAUCUAAAGAAUGCUAACUCAACAUUGAACGAAUUCCAAAAACAAUUAUUGAUAAAAAACGAAGAGCUCAAAAAAAGAGAAAUGGCACUAAGAGCACUCGAGUCCAAGGUUCAAACCCAGCGGGAUGAGCUAGAAGAGGAAUAUGACAAGUUGCAAAUGGAAUGUGCUCGACAAAAGAAAAGCCUAGAAAAUGAGCUUCUUGAUGAGUUUGAGAUGCGCAAGAGGCAAAUGGACCAAGAGGCCAAGGAAAUGCGUCUCAAUUACCAAAGGGAGUUCAAGCAUGUUGUCGAGCAAGAAGUACAACAGAGACUUUCAGAAAUCAUACAAAGACGGGGCACUUUGGACGGAGCAGAAGAACUAAUGAGAAAAAACUCGCAAAACUCAGACACCUCGUCAUCAGCAUCACUGGAGAGAUACCGCACUAAUAUGAAACCCAAGGGUCCCAGAGAGCUUGUCGAAGAGAAAUUAACCUUCCAGCCUCAGAACUUGUAUCAACCACAUACAUACCAACAGCAUUCACCACAACAGGUACUUCAACAUACCACUCAGCAGCAACAACAGCAGUUGAAGCCGCAAAACCGAUUACCGUUGAAGACAAAAAACAACGAGUGGGAAAUGGCCCACCCCAAAUUGCCUCCGUCAAGACCAGUGGGGCCACAAACCACAAGUAGUUACAAAAAACGCAUCACUGACGAAUUCGAAAGAUUGAAUUUGCAGAAAAGAAACAUUCCUGAGUUUGAAGAACGCUACUUACGCCAGAAUAACCGUCACUGA